AUGAAAUUCACCGCCACUGCCUUGAUCUCCGCUGCCUUGCUCGCUGUUGCCAGCACUGUCACUGCUGCUCCUCUUGAAGCUCGUGGCAACCACCACCACAACCACCACAAGGGCAACCACAUUGUCAAGGGCAAGCACUUUGACCGCGUUAUGAUCAUCAUCUUUGAGAACAAGGAUUAUACCACCGCCAAGAACGAUGCCUACUACUCCAACUUGGCCAGACUUCACAACGGUGUUGCCUUGACCAACUACAAUGGCACCACCCAUCCUUCCCAGCCUAACUACAUUUCCUUGAUCAGUGGUGAUACUGAAGGUACCAACGGUGAUGACGAGUCCAACAUUGACCGCAAGAACAUUGUGGAUCUUUUGGAAGCCAAGGGUGUCUCCUGGAAGGCUUACCAGGAAGGUUACAUGGGCAACUGUGACAAGAGCAUGAGAAUUGGUACCUAUGCCCGCAAGCAUAACCCCUUCAUGUCCUUCACCAACAUCUCCAAUGACCCCAAGCGUUGCUCCAAGAUCGUCAACAGCGCUCAAUUGGAUAUCGAUAUUGAAAACGAUGCCGUUCCUCAAUUCGUCUUCUUCACUCCCGAUAUGAACAGCGAUGGUCACGACACUGACAUGACCUAUGCCUCCAAGUGGCUCCAACUCUUCCUCGAACCCAGAAUUACCCGCAAGGAAUUGAACAAGAACACAAUGUUCGUUGCUACCUUUGAUGAAACCGAUGAUUACUCCAUCAGAAACCGUGUCUUGACUGUCCUCUUCGGCCCUGACUUCAAGCGCAGCUCCAAGAAGUUGGAAGAUGAUACCGAAUAUGACCAUUACUCCCUCCUCAGAACCAUUGAGGACAACUGGAAGCUCGGUGAUCUUGGUCGCAACGACACCAUUGCCAGACCCAUCAAGCUCUAA